GUAAACACAGCGCCUGUACACAAGCGGUAUUCUCGCGCAUGACCUUGGGCGGCGCGCAUGCGCGGUGUCGCGGCCCGCCGACCCAUCCAGCCACACAUCGGCGGAUCUCGGCGUGUCUCGGCUACAGUCCGCGUCAGCGCUUCGCGGCGGCAUCAUUUCCCACCGCGAAUGCGGCACUACGCGACCGCGUGAUAACACAAAAAGCCUCACCUAAAUUAAAUAAAUACCAUUCCUGUCGAUAUCGCGCCGUGGACAGUUGUUGUUGUGUGUGUCGUGGCCUCCUGAGCACGGAAUCUACACAUUCAUAAGGGCGCCAAGAAUGUCCUCCUGCUGAAUUUCUGAGUGCGCAGGCGUUGAAAAGCUAGCACCAUGACCAAGAAGUUUGAGUUCAACUGGCAGAUCCCUGUGCCUGAUUUGUUGCUACAGGGUGCAACCUUCGACCGCUGGACGGAGGAGAAGGACAACACAGAGUUUGAACAGAACUGCCUGUUCAAAGUCGACGAGUAUGGCUUCUUCAUCUACUGGAAGAGCGAUGGCAAGGACGGUGACGUCAUCGAGCUCUGUCAAGUUAGUGACGUCAGAUCCGGCGGAGUGCCUAAGGACUCAAAACUUAAUAUGAACUUAGUAAAUAAACAUGGAGAAAACUUAGAAGACAAGUCUCUGACGAUCUGCAGCGGUACAGACUAUAUCAACAUCAAUUACCAACACGUGGUUUGUCCAGAUGCCGCCACAGCCAAGGCAUGGAAAGAGGCUCUGCGGGAGAUUACACACAACAACAAAAUUAGCAACACGUGCCCAAGGACUAACCUCAUGAAACAUUGGAUGCGGCUCUGCUUCCUCACAGACCCUCGAGGGAAGGUUCCCGUCAAGGUCGUAGCUCGUACCUUCGCGUCAGGCAAGACUGAGAAGUUGGUGUACCAGUGCCUUUCAGAGCUGGGUCUACCUUCAGGCAAGAAUGAGGCCAUGGAGAAGGAGGCGUUCACGUUUGACAAGUUCUACGCCUUGUAUCACAAGAUCUGUCCUAGGAAUGAUAUUGAAGAACUGUUUCGAUCUAUCACCCAAGGCAAAUCGGACCGCAUCAACCUGGACCAGUUCGUGAACUUCCUGAACGAGAAGCAGCGUGACCCUCGGCUCAACGAGAUCCUGUACCCGCUGUACGACGAGAAGCGAGCUGCCGAGAUCAUCAACACUUACGAACAGUGCGAUGAGGCUAAGAAUGAUAAAUGCCUCACAAAAGACGGUCUCAUCCGCUACCUGAUGUCGGACGAGAACGCGCCCGUAUUCCUGGACCGCCUGGACUUCUACAUGGACAUGGAUCAGCCUCUAGCUCACUACUACAUCAACUCUUCACAUAAUACGUACCUGUCGGGCAGACAGUUCGGUGGCAAGAGCUCCGUGGAGAUGUAUCGACAGGUUCUUUUGGCUGGAUGCAGAUGCGUAGAACUUGACUGCUGGGACGGCAAGGGAGAGGACGAGGAGCCUAUCAUCACCCACGGCAUGGCUAUGUGUACCGACAUCUUAUUCAAAGACGUCAUCUACGCCUUACGAGACACGGCCUUCGUGACGUCAGACUAUCCCGUCAUCCUGUCGUUUGAAAACCAUUGCUGUAAGGCUCAGCAGUAUAAACUGGCGAAGUACUGUGAUGAGAUUCUUGGUGAUUUGCUGUUGAAGGAAGCUUUGCCGGAACACCCUCUGGAACCAGGAGUUCCUCUGCCUCCACCCUCAGCCCUGAAGAGGAAGAUCCUCAUCAAGAACAAGCGGCUGAAGCCUGAGGUUGAGAAGCAGGAGUUGGAGCUGUUCCGUCAGGGCCAGUUCGUUAUUGAGGAUGAGGAGAAGGAAGAUGCGUCGGCUGUCGCUAUUUUGGAUAAGAAGCCUGAAGAAAUAGUGGCAGAAGCAGCAUCAGCUGGUGACGACGCUCCUCCCCCGGUGGCAUACACAGGCUCCACUACCAACGUGCAUCCCUGGCUAUCCUCCAUGGUCAACUACGCGCAGCCCAUCAAGUUCCAGGGCUUCGAGGAGGCUGACAAAAAGAACAUCUACCACAACAUGUCCUCAUUCGCGGAGACGACCGGCAUGAACUACCUCAAGACACAAGCCAUUGACUUCGUAAACUACAACAAGCGACAGAUGUCCAGGAUCUACCCCAAGGGUACCCGGGCUGAUUCCUCCAAUUACAUGCCACAGGUAUUCUGGAACGCCGGCUGCCAAAUGGUGUCGCUAAACUUCCAAACGUCAGACCUCCCGAUGCAGCUGAACCAGGGCAAGUUUGAGUACAACGGCAACUGCGGGUACCUGCUGAAGCCGGACUUCAUGCGACGAGCGGACAGGAGCUUCGAUCCGUUUGCAGAUGCGCCGGUAGAUGGCGUGAUUGCUGCUCAGUGCUCUGUACAGGUUAUAGCCGGUCAGUUCUUAUCAGACAAGAAGAUCGGCACAUACGUCGAGGUGGACAUGUACGGUCUACCUUCAGACACCAUCCGCAAGGAGUUCAGGACUCGCAUGGUGCCGGCCAACGGGCUCAACCCUGUCUAUAAUGAGGAGCCGUUCUUGUUCAGAAAGGUCGUCCUCCCAGACUUGGCAGUCCUCCGUUUUGGUGUAUACGACGAGAACGGCAAACUGCUCGGACAGCGUAUCCUCCCGCUAGACGGGCUGCAGGCAGGGUACCGACACAUCUCGCUCAGGACUGAGGCCAACUUCCCCAUGUCGCUGCCCAUGCUGUUCUGUAAUAUCGAGCUGAAGAUCUACGUGCCUGAUGGAUUUGAAGACUUCAUGGCGGCCCUAUCAGACCCUCGCGCGUUCAUGGGCGCGGCUAAAGAGCGGAACGACAAGGUCAAGCAGAUGGGCAUCGAGGAAACCGGACCCGAGAAGAAGGUGCAGAUCGAGGAGAAGAAAGAAGAACCUCCUCUAGUAUUCGAACCCAUAACGGUGGAAUCCCUUCGCCAAGAGAAAGGCUUCGUGAAGACUGGCAGGAAACAGCAGAAGGAACUGGAUGCCAUGAGGAAACGCCACGCCAAGGAGAAGAUGGCGUUGCAGAAGACCCAGUGUUCCGCGCUUGAGAAGAUGAUUAAGGGGAAAAACAAGGACCAGUUAAGCAACGACGCAGCCUUCCGCAAGCUAGUUAGCGAGCAGGCCACCGCCUGGAGCGAGCUGGUCGCGAGGCAGAGGGUCGAGGAGUGGACCAGCGCCAGGAGCCGGCUGAACGAACAGCGGGACCUGCUGAAGAAGAUGAUGGAAGCCACCCAGUUGGCGCAGAUGAAGCAGCUUGAGGGGAAACAUGAGAGGGAGCUAAAAGAAAUGAAUGCUCGCCAAGCUAAGAUCAGCAUGGAGACGAGCAAGGAGGUCGCCAAUGACAAGACCUUGAAGACCAAACAGGAGAAGGACAGGCGUCUGCGAGAGAAGAAACAGAAUAACACCAAGAAGUUCUUGGAUGAGAGAAAGACUCAGACUAUCAAACAGAACCGCGAGAAGGAAAAGCUGAAGGUGACCCAUGACAAGCAGAUGGAGGAACUGUCUAAGGACAUUGAUAACCUGAUCGAGAUGUACAAGAUGGAGGAGUCCGAGUUCGACAUGACAACAAAAACGGAGUUCUUUGCAUGAAAGUACCCCGACAUUGCUCCUCUGUUAGAGCGAAUGACUUGAAAAGUGAGUGAAUCAGUGAUCUCUCUAGACUAAAAACUAUUCAAUUCAAAAAUUUUAACAUUAGAAUCGGUAGAUAAAAUUAUUAUAAGCUCUAUUAAAUUAUUUUUCAAAAAUAUGUUACAAAAAAGUAUGUGUUAUGUUUAAAAUAAAACCGUUUAAAAAAAUGGCGGCACGAUUGGCGGGAACGCCAAUAAUUUAUUUAAAAUCUUGAUAUGUGCUGUUUAAUUAUAUUAAGAUAUUAAUUGUUUAAUUCUGUUAUUAUUGUAUUUAUGGAUAGAAAUAUGGAAAAAGGGUGUUAUGGUCUCAGACCAAUGGAAUUGUUGACAAGGCCAUUUUGGACCGAGUUGGUAGCUGUAUUUUAUCUAUUAAUUAAAUUAUGUAUAUCGAAAAAUUGGAACGAUUAAAUUUAACGACAAAAAAAUUGAAGUGAUUGUUCGGCCUUUCGAAAUUAAUAAAUUAUAUUUCUAAGUUACUAAGUAAGUUACCUUUGUAUGUUAAGAGGAAUAGCUGACAAUUUAUGUAAAAGAAAUUUGGAAACUUCGAAUAUUCAGAACGCGGUGUUCGCAUCAGUUUCAGAUUGAUAGAGAAUAUCAAAUUGUCAGUAUUCGUGUAUCCAGAUAAUUACAUAUACGGGUAUACAAUACGAUUAUGUAGAAAUAUUCUAAAUAAACAAUAAAACUUACAGAUUAGUCGGUUAGAGUACCUAACAGAUAACUAGAAAUUGAACUGAACAAAAUAAUCGUUCUAAGAAAAUACUGAAAAGAUUUAAAUUAUAAUCAAUAUAAUGUAAUUAUAAAUUAUAUAUUCAGGUGGUUAAUGUUAUAUUAUAAUUAUAUAUGACUAUUUUUCAGUGAUCAUCUAGUCUUUCAGGUACUUUUUAUUAAUCUUUACUUCUAAUAUACAAAAAUACUUUCCAAUUGUAUAUUAAUUAAUACAUUUUAUAAUUAAUUAUCUAUUCUUGUGUAUUCCAUGACAAUUUAUUGUGAACUUAUAACUGCAUACUUAUUUAAUUCGAAUUGUUGAUAUGGGAUCAAUCAUACUUAUUUCGAUUGUUCAAUUAACUUAAAAAUAUUAAUCUGGAUCGCUAGAUUAAGAAUGUAAUAAAAUAAUAUUCAUACAAAGAGAUCUUUGUGAGUAAUUCUGUAAAUGAGGAUACAUGGAAGCAGGUGGGACAGUUGAAAGUGCUUUCGUGCUGGAGUCUUGUCUUCCCUAUGUAACUUUAUACGCUACUCCAUGGCUCAUUUUGUCUCAAUUCAUUAAAUAUAAGAAUAUUCACCAUAAGUAAUAUUUCUGAUCAGUAAGGCUAGAGCAUUCUGCAGUCAUAGAAUAAUAAUAACUUAUAGUAGGUGCAUCUAUAUCUACAGAAACUAAAAUAAUAUCAUUCCAUUUAAUAUUUAUAUAACUAUCAAUACAUAGUGUCAUUAGAGGACCAACUUCCUAUAAUUUCAAAUCUUUUUAAACUUAAUUCUUACUUGUAACUAUCGUAAGCCAAAGAGUUUCCUCAUAUUGUACAUUUAUUAUAAGUAGAUCGUAAGUUUUAAUUUGAUUUUAAAUCAAUUAAGGACUCUUUUGAUGUCAAUAUUAAAUUUUCAAAAAUUAUUUCUUCUGUAUAUGUAAAUAUUUUAAUUAAAAAACAAAAUUUAUAUCUGAUGUAUUCAAUUAUUGGAAUUUUUAAUAAUAAAGAAGAGAUUCUUUUAGGUGCCUAAGUACAUUAAUGUUACAUUCUAGUCAAUUUCAUUAAAAUUAUAUUAUUUUCUAUAAUAUGAUGGUUGCGGCAUCGUUGGCCACAGUAUUAGAACACAUAGAGCAUGCCUUGAAAGGUAUUAAGAAUGUAAGUCAUAAAUAUUUAACCUUCUAGUAAGAUUCAACAUAGAUUUAAAGAAUACAGUGAGAGUAAUUCAUAAGUGUUUGAAAUGUUUAUUGAUUGGAAAAUAAUAUUUACAUUUAUUGGAAAAAGAAUGUUGCUAAAUUAUCGGAAUUGCACUUUAUUGAAAAUUGAGAAUAAUCAAAUUAUUCAUAAUAUAUUAAAAGUAUGAAAAUGUAGAAAAAUUUCAUUUUAAUUAUUACUUAUUGUAAACGAAAUUUUAAAAUAUUUAGUUCUUGUAUUGUGAUAUAAGAAAUAUAUCUAUUAAUCAAUAUUUGGCCUAUAUUAUAUAAAUUGAGAAUUCUCUUUUGAAAUUUUUAUUAGAAUUAGAUUUAUCUGGGCUGGGUCCUACGUGGUAGAGACGAAAUGAUUAAAGUUAUUAGGUGUUUUAUGUUGUAACUUUAUUUUAAUUAGCACUAUUAGCACUUUUUGUCUGAAUAAGGCACAUUGGACAAAAGAAGCACUGUAAUUUUGAAAUUUUUCAAUUGCAUACCGUAUCGGACUUAGCCGUAAGAACUUGGGAAGUAAAGCAUAUAUUCUAAACUCAUUAUAUUGAACAUAUAUUAGACUCUGCUCUGUACAAUUAAAUUUGGUAGCAAAUUGUGACACGCAGUACUUAACAGAUGUUUCAUAAUUUUCUAGUAAUUAUAGUGAAACACAUUAUAUCCAAAGAUUUGUUUAUUGUUUAAAGUACAAUAACUAAAUUAAAACAUUUAAAACA